AUGCUGCUUCCAUCUCACCUCGUUUGUCGCCUUUGCGGUUCACAUUUGCCAAAUGUUAGUUGGAAGCGCGGCACGGCAGCACUGCCAAAGCUAUGCACAGGAGCAGAGAAGAUUAUCCCUUUGGAUUUUGCGAGGGCAGAAGAGUCAAGAAGUUAUGAACGCAGGCUAAAACUAGUAAUCAGACCAACACCAGAAGAUGGCUGGUAUGUUAUACAACAAAACGGUCUGCUGAAGUCUUACUUACAGCUUUCCAAGGCAAAACUCACAGCAAUGGUAACUACAACAACCAUUAAUGGUUUUAUAAUGGCUCCAGUUGAUUUGUCGUUAGGCCCAUUGGUGACUUGCACUGUCGGUACAGCACUUUUAAGUGCAUCUGCAAAUACCUUCAAUCAUUUAUUGGAGACACCUUAUGAUGCUCAAAUGAGAAGGACGCAAAGUAGACUGCUUGUUGUCCACAGAUUUUCACCCUUUCAUGCCGUUGCUUUUGCAUUGUCAACAGCAGUGAUUGGAAUGGCAACAUUAUGGAUUGGUUGUAAUUCAUUAACGGCAGCACUUGGUUUACUCAAUGCUUUUUUAUAUGCAGGUGUGUAUACGCCAAUGAAACGUUACAGCAUUGGGUGCACGUGGGUUGGAGCAGUUGUGGGUGCCAUGCCACCUUUAAUGGGUUAUGCUGGCGCCACAGGAUCUAUCCAGCCUGCUUCUUUAGUGCUAGCCGCUCUAUUAUAUUGCUGGCAAUUCCCUCAUUUCAAUGCACUGAGUUGGAAUCUACGUGCCGAUUAUACUCGCGCUGGCUAUCGGGUCAUGUGUGCAGUUAAUCAGAGACUUUGUCGAUUCACUUCGCUCAGGUAUUCAGUGGUAAUUUUACUGCUUUGCUCGUUGGGAGCGCCCUCAGCAAAUUUGACGAAAUGGUUUUUUGCUGUCGAAUCACUUCCACUCAAUGGUUUACUGAUUUAUUUAUCCUAUAAAUUUUAUCGGCACCCAGAUGCAAAGACAUCGAGAACACUUUUUCAUUACACUCUACUCUACUUGCCUUUAAUUAUGAUGUUAAUGACAGUAAGCAAGUUUGACAAUGGUCCAAAUAGUUUUGAGUGA